GCUUCUCGUUAGAUAUCCCGGCCAAUAUAACCGCCGUCAGUGUAGCACGCUGCUCUCUAGCCGUGUGUGUUUUUUUUUCUCUUCCGUAAUCGACAUCCGUGUGCGUACGCCCUUCCGAUAGGUGUGCGUGAAACUCGGACGAGAAUCUCCCUUGUCUCGAAAGCGUUUAUGCCCCAUUGAUCGUCGCGCAUUCGUCGUGAUCGCAAGCAGCGCUGAUCGAAACGGCCGGCUGAAACGGAGAAAGGGGUACAGCACGAGAGGAAGGAAAAAAAGGUGGAAGAGACAGAGGGAGAGAAAAAAGAGACAGAGAGGGAAAGAGGAAGAGAUUGAAAGAGCGAGAGAGGAAGAAAAAGGAGUACCGGAGAACAGAGAGGGCGCACCCACGUAUACGUCCGAAGAAAGGCCAGUGUCAUUUACGAACAUAGUAUAAACGCCGCCACGAAAACGAAAGCCGGGUGUUGUGUCACUUCGUUGUUCGGCUGAGUGAUACCACGCGCACCGAUAUCUUACACGUCCAACACAACCGAAUUUCAUCCACGUGGUUCUCUGAUACAUAAAAGUGUUACGCACCAAGAGGACCAACGUCAUUUCUGUGGAACGUAUCUUUUCUUUUUUUCCUUCCUUUUCUACCGGCUUUUCUAACCCGUUGUGUCAUCGCGUGAAACGGUGUUCAUCAUUCUUUCGAGAGCGAGAGAGAAGGAAGAGAGAGAGCAAUAGCGGGAACCGGAUAACGCACGGUCCCAGAAUCGUCCCGUGCAACCAAUCACGUACGAGCUCUGGGCUGUCUCCUCCGUUUAGUUGGUAAAAGUGCUCGCGCGUCUUCGAUACGUGGAGGGAUUUCUUGGUUGGCCAGAGAGAAAGAGCAAUAGAAGGCAGCGUGCGAGAAAGAAGGACGAAUUGGAGGGACGGGUAAGGGAAGGCACGGUAGUAGAAAGCCGAGGAGCAGAGGCAAGGAGGAAAGUACGAAACUGCUCCACCCGCGCGAGGUUCCCUUCGACGCUCGUUGAGAGAACAAGACGAACGAGUACUCUAUCCUGAAGGAACUUCCAAAUAGUGCCGUGUGAUCGUCUUUUACUUGGAUUUCUUCGAUCUCCUUUGCAUCGUGUGUCACGCGUAAUCUCGUGUGUCAUCGUGAAAAAGAAAAUUAAAAAAAAGAAAAAAAAAUACGCGAAAGGGUGUGAAGACGGCGAGAAAAGAGCGUGUACAACGAAAGAGACGAAGCGUGUACGAUUAAAACGAAACAGGGGAGGAGGAACACGCGCGAAGGAGUACGAAAUUCAGGAAACGAGAGAGGACGCUACUGUACGGACAACCCGAAAGAGUUGGUACGUCGGUCGUGUUCGUGUAUUCGUCGCAUAUACGACGUCGUGUGUCCUAUUUUCAUCUUUUUCUUGCUCUCCUCUCUUUCAUUCGUGCUCGUUCGGUCGUACGAACGAGAAAUCAGCCAGUGUUUAGUGCCAGUGUUUGUCUACCUCAGUCUAUUAGCGGCAGCUAACUGUGAAAAGCUGCGUUAAAAGAUAAUUAGAAGAAAAAAAUAAGAAGAAUAUAUUAUAUAUAUAGUAUAAUAUAUAUUAUAUUGAACAGUGCUAAAAAACGACGUCGAGUAUUGUUGUAAAUAAUCCAUCGGUUCUUUUUUUGUUGUGUGAAUUUUUUCAACGAACGAAGAAAUAAAUAAUCAUCAUGUCCCUGGAUAAGUUUGCGGAAGGUGGUAUGUUGUCAAAGGAAAUGGAGCGGCUAGACAUCGAGGAGAAAAACGGCGAUACCGCGAGCGGUGCUGGAUCUAAGGUCCUCGUAAGCAAUUUCCCAGCUCACGCCAGAUUAGAGGACAUCGAAAUAUUAUUCUCGAAUUGCGGUCAGGUGCAGUCCGUUGAGAAAUUGUCCUCGCGCGAUCCUAACACACAAACCGUCCUCGUUAGCUAUGAGACGCAAGAACAAGCACAGCAGGCUGUGAACCAGUUUAAUGGCCACGAAUACGAGGGUAACCCGCUAAAAGUGGAAAUGUCUACGGUGGAGAGCCGACGAAGAGGCCGCAGCCAACGCAGCGGCGUUACUUAUUCCGGGGUCUCGGGUUCCGGACGUCAAACAGAUUUCCCGCUUCGUAUUCUUGUACAAUCGGACAUGGUCGGAGCCAUAAUCGGUCGUCAGGGAUCGACCAUACGCCAGAUCACUCAAAUGACGCGGGCGCGAGUCGAUGUUCACCGAAAGGACAAUGUUGGUUCCUUAGAAAAAGCCAUCACCAUCUAUGGUAACCCAGAGAAUUGUACAAAUGCCUGCAAGAAGAUCCUGGAGGUCAUGCAGCAGGAGGCUAACAGUAUAAAUAAAGGCGAGAUUACACUGAAGAUCCUCGCACACAACAACCUGAUUGGCCGAAUAAUCGGAAAAGGGGGUACCACGAUCAAGAGAAUCAUGCAGGACACAGACACAAAGAUCACUGUGAGCAGCAUCAACGAUAUCAAUAGCUUUAAUCUCGAACGCAUCAUCACAGUCAAGGGCACCAUCGAGAACAUGAGCAAAGCUGAAUCCAUGAUCUCCAGCAAGUUACGCCAAAGCUACGAGAACGAUUUGCAGGCGAUGGCUCCUCAGAGUAUGAUGUUCCCUGGAUUGCACCCAAUGGCUAUGAUGUCCACCGCUGGUAUGGGAUACAGUUCACGUGGUCCUGGUUUGUACGGAUCAGGACCAGCCCCGUAUCCCUAUCAAGCUAGUUUGCCGCCACAACAAGGUGUCCCGGCAACAGAUACCCAAGAAACUGCCUUCCUUUACAUUCCUAACAGCAGCGUAGGUGCCAUUAUCGGAACCAAGGGUUCUCACAUCAGGAACAUCAUCAGAUUUUCCGGUGCGAGUGUUAAGAUCGCGCCGAUCGAACAGGACAAACCAGCGGAUCAGCAAGCUGAAAGGAAAGUGACUAUCGUUGGAUCGCCAGAAUCUCAGUGGAAGGCACAGUACUUGAUCUUUGAGAAAAUGCGCGAAGAAGGUUUUGUUGCUGGUACAGAGGAUGUGCGAUUGACAAUUGAGAUUCUCGUACCAAGUGCUCAAGUUGGCCGAAUCAUUGGUAAAGGCGGACAAAACGUUAGAGAGUUGCAGCGUGUUACUGGAAGUGUCAUAAAGCUAUCGGAGCAACAAUCUACAUCUCCUUCCGCCGACGAAGAGGCCACCGUCCAUAUAAUUGGUCCCUUCUUUUCUGUACAGUCGGCACAGAGAAGAAUUCGCUCUAUGGUACUGCAGUCUGGUGCACCUGGAGCAGGUGGUGCUGGUUCUCGCGCUGGUCGUGGUAGCAGCCAAGAAGGUGGUUCUCGUAGCCGAAGAGACGGAAGUACCACGUCUCAACAGGGAGGCGCAACAACGCAACAACACUCAUCUCAACAAUCGAGCUCUUCGCCAUCCAGCCAGCAACAACCGCAAAAUCAGUAACGUCACUGAAAUUUACCCGACGCCGACCAACACCUCAAAGAAUCCGUUUUAUUCGCCGGGGUGGGCCUCGUCGCUUUGACAUUCUCUCGUUAAGAAGCUACGUGCAACCUCCUUCUCGCGGAACAUUGUAUCCUUCGUAGAGAGCACGAAGGAUAUACACGAAAGCUUUCCAUCGAGCAAACAUUGAACGUAAAAUAGGAGUCCAUAGUAAUGUUUUUCAGAUUUAUUUUCGUUUAAUCAAAAGAGAAAAAAUGGUAAAAGGGGAGUAUGGUCGAUGGUGCGUGUUUUGCUCUUCUCUUUUGUUUUCUUUCUUUUUCUUUUUAAUUCGUGUACGUAGUUAAAAGUAUUUUUCAUGGAUUUUCGAGAACUUAGAAAAUGUAGCGGUUUUUUUUCUUUUUUAGAUAGUUUUUUGUAGCGGAGCGUUUGAAAAUUUAUCAUUGUCAAUUGAACACCAUCGAUCGUGAUUCGACCCGUGAUUUCAGAAAAAAGGAUUAUAAGCAUGCAGUACCGCGCGAAAUUAGAUGGAAGUGCACGUUAUUUAACGAAAACGCGUCACGCGAGACGAGGUGAGACAAAAGAGGAUUCUCGACCGUUUCCGAUCUUUUCGAUUCUUCUCAAUUAGAAUUCGAUUCUUCUUCGGAACGAUACAGAUCGAUUUCUCACCUCCUUUGCGUGCGUCGUUUCGUUGCGAGGGUCGCUUGUGAAUUUUUCUUGGGUCGAAGCGACGAGUGACACUCGAACGAACUCGUUAACGGCAACCACCUCGUCGAUGAAAUAGGAUACGAUGAUUAAGAAACAAAUAAGCAUACACAACCUUAUUACCUCAUUCAUUACGGUUAAAGAUUUAAUAUGAUAAAGAAAAGUGAAAUGAGAAAAAGGAUAAAACCAACUAAUCUAAAAAAAAAGAAGUCUACCUAAUAUUAAAGUUAUAAUAAUAUACAGAGAAGUUAAGUAACGAUUACACAAUUAGGUUAUACAUGUUACUACUACUACUAUUACUACUACUAUUACUACUAUUACUACUACUGCUAUUAACUACUAUUUACUUCUACUAAGUACCCUAUUACAGAUAGGCGGUUUUGUUUCUUUUUUUUUUUUUUAUAACUGAAAAGAAAACUACUCUUGGUACAGUUUUUUCUUUUUAUAUAUCACAACGCAGAGAGACAUUAAUUAACGAGACUUAAUUAUUGAAAAUGGUGAACGAAACGUGACACGUUCUGCGGUGGACGUAAAACCAAGGCAAGAGUUUUUCCAGCCAAAACGUCCCUCGUCCAUCCCGCACCCACCGUCACCCCUCUCGCGCCGUGUAAUACCAAAGAAGCGAUUAUGAGUUUUUUCGUAUUAGUGUGAAGUGAAAUGCGUGACACACACAUGUCGUGGUACGCUCUACUCGCCUCAAGUUCCUUGCAAGAGCCAAGAAGAGUUGAGAGGGGUCACGGACACGCGGUCAAUAUACUAUGUACGCGGUCCGCGGGGUAUCGACGAGUGGUUAUCAACGUCGGGAAGGAACAGGAUGAACGGAGACCGGCAGAAACAUCAAUGGUGUUGAGUCACUUUUGCUGGAAGUGAUCGAGUAUAAAUUAAAAAAGACGUUUUAGAGUGCAGAGAUGUAACAGGAAACGGGCGCUGUUUCGUGCUACGAGAAGGAUGUUCCAGAGAGAAUGAAAAAGCGACCGUUGGUACAUAUACGGGGAUGCAAGCGAGAGAAAUCGCGGGCAACAAAAGGAGAAAAAAAAAGAAAAGAAAACGUGGUGACAGCAGAAGAUAAAAGGAGAGGAGAAUUUUAAAUGAGAGAAAGAGAGAGAGAGGUAAAACGAGGAGACGAGAAGAAUGCAAAAGCCACAAAACUUUUUCAGGGAUUUUUACUUUACCAUGGAUGUAAUAAGUGUGUGAGUGUGCGUGUGUUGAAUAAUACUAUUAAUUGAUAAGUAAUUAAUUACCGAUUAGGCAUAUUAUUAACGGCAAGGAAAAAAAAAAGAUAACAGAAAACGCCAGACAAGGUAGAAUUUUAGGCUUAUCGAGGGAAAGAACGCGAGAGAGAUUAUACGGUAAAGCGCUGGAGGGAAAAGUGAAUUUCAACGCGAAGGCAUCGUAAAUAUACUUUUACCAUGCAUUCGUCGUUCUUCGCCUCGUGAUGCGAGCGUGAUAGUCGCCAGCGAGUUCCUCGGAACGACGGUUCUACGCGAUUUCUUUCUUCCUUUUUUUUUUUUUUUUACGAAACCUAUCAUCGACGUCUAUCGACGAUCUUUGUAAAUUUUGUAAUUUUGUUUUUUUCCUCCCGCCUCUUUGUUUUAAUCGUAGAAUGUAGUGUUGAAACGUUAGGAUAGCGAAUGUUGGAGCGCGUUACGAACUUGUUCGUAGAAACUCGCAGCGAUGUCACGACUCUGGCACCAAAGGCGCGCAUCGAUCACGAUAAUUCUGUUGACGAUCUUUCGAUCGAGACGAUUCAGAAAAUUGGGCAUUGACGUUUUUCGAAUGCCAUUUCUAAAAUUUAUAUGUCUCCUUUUGGAUGAAAUUCGAAUUUAACAUAUUCAUUUGGCAUUGGCGAAACGAAAGGUGAACGUAAUCAUGAGAAUACGUUUAUCUUCGACAGAAUAUUCGUGAUUGAUAUUCGUGCGGGGAAUGGUUCGCACGUGCAACGUACGGGCGGGAAGUGUUUUCCAGACGAAACGGAAAGAUCGAUCGCGUAAGAGAAAUUUUUGGUUUUCUUUUUUUUUUUAUAAAGAAAAGAGUGAAGAUGAGGAAAAGUGGAAAACUUUGGGACAAAAGUGGUGGAAGGUUUAUAUGCACGAUUAAUCGUAUAGGACUUGGAGUUGAAACAUACUUGAUCGAACGGACUAAUCUCUGUUCGAUAAAAUCUAUAUAAAUGUGACCAAAAAAAAAAGAAUGAAAAAUUAACGGACUGACGAGACGCACGAUCAUGUGCCACGAGAUACGCUCUCGAAAUAUUCAUCUAAUUAAGCUUCUCAGUAAUAUCCACAGAACUUCCGGUGUAUUCUAGACUGUUAAAUCAAUAGCUCAGAAUGAUCGUGGCACGUCAUCGAUGCUCAACUCUAGUACUAAUACGUUGAAUCCUGAUAUCGGGGUUCGCGUUUCAACGACGACGUCGACGACGAACGUUUUCGGUUCCGCGGAAGGAGUGUGUCGUCGACCCGUCGAUAUUUCACCUUACGGCAUUCGGUAUGCGUUUAGUACAAAAAUACACGAGUUUUAAUGCGGAUAGGAAAGCAUGAUCCAGUUUUGCGAGUGGAAACGCGUAGUAGAACCAGGUGGAAGAGAUAUAUACGGCGUGUUAGAAUUUUUGUUUGUCGGGAUGAAGAGCGAAAAAAAAAAACGUGUAACGAGAAGAGCUGCUGGAGUGUGCGCACGAAUAUCAUCUCAUCUGUUUUGUGGGUUACGGAAGAAAGAAAAAUCGGCGGUGAAGGUAUGCAGAGGAAACUAAAGAGACAAACGGAAGCCGUCGAUGCGACGGUGUUCCGUUUUCUUUUUUUCUUUCUCGCUGCAUCUCGAGGAGGAGUGCCGGAAAGACAAGAACAGAGGGGGAAAAAAAAAGGAAUGGAAACGGUAAGAGUUUCACGUUUCCAACGUGAAAUUGACCGAACACAGAAAAGAAAGGAAGAAGAACGGAAUUUAGAAAGAAAAAUACGCGAGGAGAGAACAAUGAAAAGACGAAAGAGAGAAAAUGAAUCUAAGAGUAAUAAGUUUAUUUUUGAUACAUUGUUGGGGAGAUCUAAGUGAAUCUUUCUUUUUCAAUUUUUUUGUUAGAUGUUUUUAAUAACUUAAUGAAUUUUAACGAUAUUAAAUAAAGAGGAAAAAAAAGCGAGGCGCGAGGAGGCGAGGACAUUUUUUAAAUAGAGAUAUAAGAGAUAUAAGAGAAAGGUGGAUGAGAAGAGAAGAAGCGAGGCGAAGUGUUUUUCGUGAGAGAUUAAUUAACUUAAAAUAAAAGAAGAAAAAAAAAAUAAAAAAGCGCGUGAGAGAGAAAGAAGUAAUAUGAAGAGUAAUGAAAGAGAGAGAGAGAGAGAAAGAAAGAGGAUGAUGAUGAAAGAUUUAAAAAUGAGAGCAAACGGCGCGCAGCUUUUUGCGCUGUGCGCGUUUGUCGCUCUCGUCAGGGGGGAAAAUAAAGGAGAUUUUUUAGUCGGAUAAAUUGUAUAAUAUAUUUAAUAUAUUUGGAGAAAACGGUGGCGCCAGGUCAGUUCGGCGAGGGCACGUCGCUUCGACGGCGAGCGACAAACGCGAUCGGGCUCGCAGUUUUAUGCGACGCGAUUUUUCUCGUGGUUGUCGCUUCCUGGAAAGCCUUCCUCGCCCGCCAGGCCUUCGCUUCCGUGCUUAUUUAUCAAGCGUAAAUAUUUAAUGAAACAAAAGUGAAUAACAUUUUGUAAGAAAAGAAAAAAAGGAAGAAAGAAAAAUAAAUAAAAGAAAGCAAAGAAAAACGAUGAAAGUGCCAAGGAACAAAAUAUUUCAAAGAAAAUGCAAACACACAUUCAACAGGACACACUGAAGACACCGUUCCAUAGAAAUAAUAAUAGAGUAUAAAACAUGCAUAUCUCGUUUAUCGAACAAAAAAUAAUUCACUUUACUAUCCAGAAGAUCAUUUACGCUACCUCGAGAAUCACCUGAUGCUCCUUUCUCCUGAAACGAUGCACACCGGAUGCAUCAGAAGUCAAUUGUUUCUUUGAUGUUUUUCGGCCAAAAAACUAAUCAAAAUUUCAACGAUCAAUCGCACACGGAAACACCGUAGAAAACGGAAGAAGUACAAAACGCAGAGAGAAGCACGACGCGAGUACAGAGAUAAAAUCGCUCUUUUCACCGAAUUUCGUUGUUGUUGGAAGCAAACACACAAAAAAAAGGAUACCUGAACCAACAACGAAAACCAUCCCCCCCCCCUUUUUGGAAUAUCUCUUUUUUGUAAUAAAACGAAAAGGAAAAAAAAAGUUCGUAACUCGUAAUAUGCCCCGCACGUGAAUGUUUACACCUUUCGCUCGUUCAUCAAUCUUUGAUUCAUUUUUUCGUUGCGCAAACUUUCGAAACGAAAUUUCCAAGAGAAACGUAGGAGACGAAGACGAAGAAGAUAAGAAAAUGAGAUACUUAAAGACUCAGUAAUGUAGAAACACCAUAAGCACGCACAGAGGAAAACAAGAUGCUCGGAAAACACCUUUCGAACUUCGUCGCUCGCUCCAUAGUUCUUGUACUCUAUCAAAAAUAAAAAAAAAAUAAAAGAAGGAACAACGAGAAAUUCAACACGGGAACAAACUAAACAACGGGAGAACAACAGAAUCGUAACAGAAUUUGAUCAGACUGAACGCGGUAAAGAAACUCAGGAAGCUGACAGAAAAGAAGGUGAAAGUUACUUUUUCGGCCGAUUCCUCAGCACUUCGAACGCCAUGAAGGGAAAGAAGAAAAGAUGAUUUUGGGGAGAGAGAGAGAGAGACAAAAACCCGCUCGCACGCUCGGGAGAAUGUACAAAUCAAACAAAGUAACAAAAAAUGAAAAUCUUUAAAAAAGAAAAAAAGGCAAAAAAAAAUAUGAAGAGAAAUGAAAGAUGAAGAUUGAAUAGAAAUUAUUAAUAUAAUGAUAACUUAAAAAGAAGAGAAAUGAAGAUUUUUAACGUUAUAAAUUAUUAAUGCGCGUGAAUUAAGAGGCGAGGAGUAACUUAAUCUACUGGUAAGGAAUACCAACAAACAAAUGUACAAAAUCGAUUUAUCGCUAAAUCUAAAUGUUAGUAUUCUAGAAUAUUUUACCGUGAGAAAAAAAAAAUCGUGGUUAGAAUUUGAGGAAAUUUAAAGGAUAAGCUCGUCGCUUAAGUUUAAGGAUUUUCCAUAUUAUCCAGCGGGACACGAAUAUAGAGGAAACGAACAAAAAAUAUUCGAAAGAUCUUAUCAAGCAUUCGGAUUCAAAUCAAUCUCCGUCGAUGAAGAAAUUAACAAAAAAGUAAAAAAAAGAAAAAAAAAAGAAGAAACGUGCGUAAAUUAUAUAAAAUGAAAAAUAACGAACAAAAAUGAUUCUUUUUAUACGGAACGUCCAAUGUGUCGUCGAUGUAUCUCUGAUAACUUUUAUCAAGCUCGAUCAAUUAUCACCUUCUAAUCGACUGCUAACACACAACGAAACAUACUUUUGUAAUUUCGCGGAAAAAUUCACAGGAGAAACGAUGGACAAUGGACGAAGGACGUAAAACUAUCAAGCGUUAGAUAGAAAGCGAAAAAUCCCCAAAAGCAGCGAAUGUAGAAAGGAAAACGCGUCUAACGCGUAACAGCUACGCGAUUCGCUAACAGACUUUCGAUGAAGACUAAAGAAAAAAAAGUAUGCCUACGAAAAAGAAGACGAAAUUCGUCAUCUCACGACGAGGUGGCCAAAGACCAAAGCAGAAUCUUCCAUUUUCCGUACACGUUCUAGGUAGACUAUAUGAACAUCUCUCUUACAGUUCGAUCUACCAUAGUUAAAGGUAUCAGCAUAUCCGCUCGAUGCGAACAUAAAUCUUGAAGAAUAAAUAAAAACACACUCGCGCAAAAUAUACUCUCGAAAAAUACGAAGAGGAAUUUUCUUAAAAAAAAGAAAAGAAAAAGUUCACUGGAAUAUUUGAUCAUGUCGUCUUGUGAUCUUCAGUCGAUCUUCAAAAAAAAAGAAAAAAAAAAAGGGAGAAAAAUCAGGAAUCACAGCUCAAUCCUUCCAGUUUUACUUUUCAUCAAUAGCUUUACCAUCGUCGAUGUCUAACAAUGAUAAAUCAUCGCACCAGCACCGCCGUACUCUAAUUACUCGAGGAACGAUCUAUUGCAAACAGCAGCAAGAAUAUAUCAUUCUCAUAGUGGACGCUGCUCGACUGUCUUCGUUGCACAUUAAUACAUCAUUUACCGACGAAAACUAUGAAAUAUCAUCAGGGUGAUUCACACCGAUGUCAGCCAGUUAUCACGCAUAACGGAAAACCAAUACGCAACGAUCGCGGCAAUCACUAGCGAUCGGUUCGAUUUCAUUAUCGAUCUACACGAUCCUAUAAUACUAUAAGCGUAUAUCUAUAAACAUAGAUAUAUAUAUAUAUUUGAUACGUGGACAAUUCCGCGCAGGGUUUUACAAUAAAUAAACGGGAUGGAUUACAAUACGAAAAAAGCAACUUUGCGGGUAGAGGAUGAAAUAUAUCGUUCUUCUGCUCCAUCGUUGCGAAACACACUCGUCAGAUUAACAGCACUUCAUAUUUCUUUAAUAAUAAUAUAAUAAUAGUAAUAAUAUAAUAAUAAUAAUAAUAAUAAUAAUAAUAAUAGUGAUAAAUGAAUAGUAAUAUAGUGAUAAGGGAUUUAUCGGAAACGAAAUGAAUAUUAAUCGUCGUGCGUGCAACAGAUACGAGCUACGAUUACUAUUAUUAUCGUUCACGGUGAAGAUGAAAGAUCGUACGCGUAUAUGAUGAUAGAACCAGCCGAAAACAUAAGCAACAAACGAAAGAGUGGUCAAAUUAUUUUGGGCUUUAGUAUUAGUAUUUCGAGAUAGACGAAAUCUUUAAGUGGCAGUUGGAUCUUUUAGUAGGAUCGUGUGAAUUUUUAAGACCGCCAUGGUGAGCAGAUGUAAAUGAUGUUCUCGUUGAUCGGGACGCGUUCGACGACGUCUCGUUCGCGAGCAAACCUUACCUCCUUUUUUGUCUAUUCCCGAUCGAUCGACUGGCAUCGAUCGAUAUCGAACGUUUUCCUUUCUAGCGUUUGCUCGUUGAACGAGACGACGGAUUUAACGUGUCCCCUUUGACGAAACGGAAACGCGAAAUCGAAUCCAUUAUUUGAUUCCGGAUCACGAGAAAGAAACGGUUCUGUAAACGAAUACGCGGCGGUAAACGAGGGCCUUAUUCUAUACAGUUGGGCAUUGUUGUUAAUAUGACAGAUUCAAGUGAUAUCGCUAAACAGAUAAUAUAUAUCGGGUAAGCUUUAGGCGUGGUACGUAAUUGAAAAACGGUAAGGAUGAGUGAGAGAGCGGCUGAGAGAUAGGAUGAUAAGAGGUAAAUUACAGAGAAUUGUAGAGUGAUCUAAUUAGAGUUUUUAGAAAUGCUAUAGUAUUUGAGAAAGAGAGAGAGAGAGAGAUAGAGAGAAAGAUACGUUAUGUUUCUUUCAUCUUUUUCUUUUUCUACUGUUCUAUUUUUUUUCUUCUUUUUUUCUUUUUUAAUUCUUCAAGAAGUCUUAAUAUAUUAUCUAUUAUUAUCCUAUUGUUGCCAAUAAUGGGCAUUAUGAGAAAACCGCGCGGGUAUGUAACUUAUUCUCUACACUGCAUUUACACUCCCCGAAUUCCCUAAAAACCCCGAGAUAUGAAAACCUUGUAUUAUGCAUAUAGUAAAGAACACACAUAUAUACGCUAUACACUUGUUGUACAUAGAUAUAUAUUAUAUGUAAAGCUUAAACUUAUUAACGAAACAGAUUUAAUCGACGUAUACCGGAUUAGAAAGACGACGCAAUCCUUGAAUAACCGUUUGUCGCGUAUGCGUGAUAAGAGCGAAUGAAGUUUAUUUUUUAUUUUGUUUCUUCAAGAUGAAAAUGUUGUUACAGAAAAAUCUCAUAUAUACACAUACAUACAGAGAGAGAGAGAGAGAGAGAGGGAGAAAAUAAUUCAACGUGAACAAAGAAGAAAAAUAGUUGAUCGUGUCGCGUAUGGAUAAAAACACGUAAACUAAACGUUUCCAGCAUCGUCGUUCUCGUCUCGUACUUCGCCAUAGAAUCUUAAAACUGCCCAUAAACAUCAUACGUAGAAAUAUGUGUAUGUUACGCGCGAGAAAGUCAAUCUGCUAGAGGGAAUACGAUCGUCACGGAACCAAUACGAAUAAUCGAGGAUUGAAUUCGAUUAAUCAGUGUAUACAUCAAGUGGUUUCUGUAUCAGAGUCGUGACAACUUAAUUAGGAUGUUAAACACGUAUGGUCAGCAGAUCAACGAAAACUAUCUGUUUCUCGUUUAAGAACGUUCUGUGAUCAGCAAUAAUACGAUAUACGUAUAAUGUUCUAUCGCUUAAAGGCUGUGUUCACACUGCCAGCGAAGCGAGACGGCGACUCAGAAAACGUACUUUCUCAUAAAUCGUUUGAAAUAUAUCCACGCGACACGUUAAAAAAGAGAAAAAAAACAUAAUAGACAAAAUGGAAAACCAUCAUAAAAUUGUGUAUCAUCCGUGUGUCGUCGUUAAUAAAAUAAAUAAUGCUCUUUCUCCUGCGAAGUCGCACGACGAUCUUGGACAAAAGUUAACGUUCGAAGAGGAGAUCGAUGAUGAACGAUCGUCGCGAAUCGAGUACGAGAUGAGUAAUAUAAUACUAAAACCCAAAAUAGCCGUUUCCGGGAGUUCGGCUGAUCGAAGAAAUGAACACGAGACGCAGAGAAGAGGCACGUUUUUGACGAGAAUGGAAAAAAAGAAAAAUUCAUUAACAUGGUAGAACGACGUUGAGAAGGGAGUUUGUUUUUUCGUUCAUUCGCUACCUCAUCAGUUAUAUUUACCGUGUUUUCUUAAUAUAUUAGCGGGAUAAUUAAGACGACGCAAGCGGAGAAAUAGAAAAACAGAAGACGGGAGGAGAUGAUUUAAGAACGGGCUGCCUUCAGGGGCGAAUAGAUAAUAGUUUUUUCGUAUAUAUGUAUAUACAUAUAGUUAUACGCGUUUUCCUUUUAUCAUUGAAUUAUUUUAUCAGGUGGAAAUCGUUUGAGAAUUUGAACAUUAUAUAUCACUUAAUGAUAAUGUGUCCGUUAGGGGAUAAGUAUUGUUCGCGAAUCAUGUGAGAAAAAAAAGAAGGUUCAGUUUUUUUUUCUUCAUUUUGUUGGCGCGAUCCAUUUAUAACUAUAUUUCCGUUUUUUAUCUUCAUUGAUUAUAGAAAUGUUUAUGCACGUUCUUCGUUUUUCCUGUUCGGUUUACACGUUUGUUUCGCACGAUUGCCAUGUUCGUUCUGUUAACCCUACGCUGAUACAGUUUAUAUCAUUAGACAUUUUUCAUAUUAAUUAUUCUCUGUUAUUAUACAUUACGUACACAUACACGCACACACACGAUACACUCUCUUUCUCUCGAGAGAGACAUCACAAUAGACGACAGAACCGAAUCGAUGAAAUCUAGCGAGGUCGUGAACGAUUUAAACGAAUUGAUUUACCGAUUGAUUCUAUAUCGCCGGAUGUAUUCAUACCAACAGACACUUACCAUUUUUGUUUUGUUUAUAGGGUCAGGCCAACAUUCGCAGCAAAAGCUCGAUACGCACGUUGUACAUAUACAAUUUUACGCAUAUAAUAAUACUUUGUGUAUAAUACGUAUUCGGAUGCGCGGAGCGGCCGAGCCAAAAGAGUUUUCGAUAAUGUAUAUUCGUGGUUUUUCGGUAAAUUCGUUCCGGCGUCGAUGCUAUAUGUUCAAACGAAUAAAUAAUGUUGCACAAAGUCAGAUGACCACGGGACCACAUUAAUUAAACAAGUCGCGAAAGGACUAUCAUUCUUGCGUAGGUACUUAGCGAUAUCAUUAGCACGCGCCGGAGAUCAUUGAAAAAAAAAUUUUUUUUUAAUGAAAUUCUAACGACUGUUUUCUGGUAUCGUGUGAAAAUUGAAAUUUUAAGAAAAACUCUUUUGGUUCGAAGCUCUAUGCUCUUCGUUAGAUGUUAACUUGUAGAAAAACAACCGAUUGUGCAUCGUAAAUGAAAGAACACAGAUCGCAUCAUCGAACUGGUAAACAGGCCACAUCGUUAAGGAAAUUGGAAAAGAAAGAAACAAUAGACACGAACACGAGUGUUGUGCAUCUUUCGCUACAGGAUCCGGAAAAGGGAUUAUACUGCACAGAGUGUCUGGUCGAUCGAGGAAAAAUCAAAUGUUCACGAUCGAGAAUUUCAAUCUUUUGCAGCUGGCAAAAAAAAGAAGAAGAAAAAAAAAAAUAAAGCAGACAAUGAUUAUCGAUUGAAAGAAACGAGCAACGAUCGUAACAAACGGGAAUUGGUAAAAAAGAAAUUUCAAAAUAUUUUUCACGACAAGGAAACGAACCACGAAGCAUUCCUUUCGAUGCAGAACAGGCCUGGUGGAGGACCAUCGAAAAUCACGAUUAGAGGAUCAUCGCGUGACAGUCCAUCGUAGUUUCCCUGAUCGCGGAAUAAAAACAGAUUUGUUUGGAAAUAUGACAAAAUUGUUGGGAAUUUUCAACGGGCUGAAAAAGGGUUAAAAAACAGAGCCAAAUCAUCGUCAUCAGUUCGACAGCAAAGAAAGGGGAUAGCUUUCGUUUUAUACAUAUAUCAUUAUAUAUUCUAUAUGUAGAUCAUAGGGAAAAGUGGACUGUAGUAAAAUUAAAAAACAAAAAAAGAUGCGAGGAAGAAGAAAACAAAGUCGCGGUACGACCCUUAGCACGACGCUGGGGCUACCAUGGAAAAUAUCUAAUGCUACUUCAUCACCGAAAUACCAUGAAAACCCAAAAUAUGGAAGCAAACGUAUCUACUACGCAUACCGCCAACACACACACGCAUACUAUAUACAUUAUAUAUGUGUAUAUAUAUACAAAGGGAUAUAAUACGUACAUUAUUAUACGCACGCCGAGGAUGGUACGUGGGAUUGAUCAAAGGAUAAAGUGCAGAAGGAACGAGUGAACGUGAAAAGUGUGAUUUUGAAAAAGAAAAAGAAAAAAAGAAGUCAAGACAUCCACGUAUUUUCGAACGACGAUUGCAUGCAUAACGAACUACUGAUUGAUCGUAAACUCUCGUAAUAAAUGGAAAUAGAACGGCACAAGGCCGUUUUUUUCGUGAACCGAUAUCUAAAAAAUGAAAUCACGAUCACGAUCAGAAAAACGAUAGCAUACGCUAAAGAUUGAGAGAGGACGACGAUUUUUAAAUGAAAGGAAAACUAUAUAAGAUACGUAUGAGAAACAAGCGAAAAAAAAAAAAUGUUGUUACUUGGAAGUUAACACGUGCUUGAAAAGAAAACACUAUUUUUUCUUGAUGGAUAAAAAAUAAAAUAUAUAGAGGUUACGCAUUGCCGACGGAGACAACCUCCGCGCUUGCAUUUUGCUAUACGGUAUGAUAAUUUUUUUUUGUUUUAAUUUUUUGCGCUACCGCGGGGCUUGCCUCAACAUCGUCACUUCGAACCUACCGAUUUUGCAUUUUCAAAACCAUUGAUUGGAUGAUUCAAGAAGAAACGUGAGAAAUGAUGAAGGAGGUAAAAAAAAGUGCGGUGAUCAAUUUUGAGAAAUUGAUGUAUUGGAAUCGUUGGACGAGAGGUGGCGAUAGCAAACCCCAUGAUUACGAUAAUUUCACCGUAAUUAAUUCAUUUUUGUCUACUUUAGUUUACUUUAAUUGCUACUAUUCUACUAUUAAAAAAAAACACUUCUACUAUAUAAUCACCACUAUCAAAUACUUUACUACUAUUACUACUACUAUUAUUACUACACUACUACUAUUACUACUAUUUACUACUACCGCCUAUAUAUUUUUGUGUCUUCGGUGUUUUGAUGAUUUUUUUUUGUUGCUAUUUUGGUGAAUUCCGUGUAAAAUUCCGUAAAAGUGAAGAAAACUCGUUCUUUUUUUCUUGGUCCGGGGGACUCGUUCCGAUGAUGCCUACCACAGGAAGGAUUUCAAUUUUUUUUUCUUCUAAAAUACACUAUACAGUCCUGGCUCGGUAUAUAUUUAAAAAAAUUUUUUUUUAUUCAAAAAUUACAAAAAAUACACGUGAAAUCGAAUGGAAUGGGAAAUGAUCAUUAGUGGAAAUUGGUUUGGCUACGGACGAGAGAGCAAGAGGAGGAAUAACGAGGGAACGGAUUAAUAAGAUAUGGCGUAUAAUAAUAAUAAUAUUAAUAAUAAUAAUAAUCGUAAAUAAUAAUAAUUCUAACUGAUAUUCGGUAUAUUUACAACGGUGAAAAUCGUGAGCUCGCGUUUUAAAAAAUAAAAUAAAAAUACGAUUCGGUGCAACGCGAAUUUUCUUAACGAUAGAGUUAUGAAUUUUUAUCUAGUUCCAAUUAAUAAUUCAAUCAAAUUUUCCAUGCAGCCAACCAAAUAUUAAACACCGUAGUGUUUCAGUUCUUUUCCUCGUGAUCUUUAAUAUUGUUCUGUGUUUUAUUAUUAUUAUUGUUGCUGUUAUUGUUAUUAGUAUCAUUAUUAUUAUCAUCAUCGUCAUCAUCCUCAUCGCUAUCUUAUUAUUAAUUUUUUUUUAAGCUUCUUUUUUCCCCAAAUUUCUUUGAUUUGUUUUACUUAUUAUGGUCUUUCGUAGAGUCGAUAAAUUCUGUUUUUCUCUUUUUAUGGUUUUUUUUUGUAACUUGUUGGAAAUCGCGAAUUCUUUCGGACUCACCCUCACGCUCACACGCAUACAGAGCGUAUUAAAAAAAAGACUUUUUCGAACCUUUCGAAGGAUUAAAAACAAAAAAAUCUAUGGUGUUUUUAGUGGAUAAUAUUUAAAGUUUAACUACUACAUACUAUAUGGAUAAUCAUUAAGUACACGAAGCAUAGAGAUAAAAUACAUAGACAUGUAAGGCAGGACAAAUAUAUAUAUAUUUAUACAGCGGGCCGCUUCCCUCCAGAUGCAAAAUUGUCUGCUUUUCGGCCAGAAAACACCCUUACAAAGAGGGGGGAGAAGAAAUUCUGCGUGUGGGUUGAUUCUCGUGAACAACGAAUAUUUUGGAAAUGAAAGAUUUUUCGCCGAGAAUCGAAUUUUCCAAAAAACGAAGGAAGAAGGAACCGUGUUUUUUUUCGAUUUAGAAGAGACUCUAAAAGAGGAAAAAGAAAGAAGAAAAAAAUGAAGAAGAAGCUGCGUUUCUCGUUUCUUUUCUGGAGGGAGAGUACCCGCUAGCGUGUUUGGUUUUAAAAUUAGUAGGUGAACGUGAGGAAUUGCCCUGUAUCAUUGAAAACUCAAGGAGAUACGAAAACGAGCCGAGAAAGAAUGAAAAGAAGGAGGAGAAGGGAAAUGAUUACGGGAAAGGGAGAAACAAUGAUUGUGAGAGCGGUGAACGCGAUAGAAAAUUGGUAAGAGGCCGUGCGUGUAAACGGAACCAUCAUAACAAGUGAUAUAUUACUAAAAACACAAAACAAAAAUUUUCUUUUUAUAAUGCACAUCGUACAUUUCAUAUAAAAUACCGCGUCAACUUUUUCGUUAAUUUACCACAUGAAAAUCCGUCAGCACCCACACACUUGCAUACGUUUUAUAUUAUAUGAAGAUAGAUAUAUAUACACACAGAGAACCCAGAGGGAACACAUACGAUGUACAGUUAUAUAAAUAUACAUAUAUGCCCGGAUACGUAAACGAUACAGCCGCAGAAAAUGAAAAUAACAAAACGGGAUAGAUGAAGGAAACGACGGAAGAAGAAAAGCAAAAAAAGAGACCGAUUCUCUCCGCAUGUAAUAAGUGUUCAAGAGUUUAUUAAUGAACCAGAUUUACCAUAGAAAAAAAAAGCUAUAUUAUAUAUAUACACACAUAUUAUCGAUAUAUAUAGAUUAUUAUAUAUAUCUACACCGUAAUACAUCAUAUAUAUUUUGUCAAUCUUUUUUUUUCUUUGUUCUUUUUUUUUCUUUCUUACGCUAGAGUAUCACACAGAAGGGAAGAAGAGAGAGAUAAAUAGAAUUAAGCGAGAAAAAGGGAGGGAGAUUAAAAUGAAAUAGGAACAGGAUUAAAGAGUAAUGAAGUAGAUUAAGUUUGAAAGAGAUGAAAAUAAUAGUAAAUAGUAAUUAACAGAAACCGGAUGGCAUUUAAUGGUACCUAUUAUUAAAAUAACAUUAUAUAUAUAUAUAUAUUAUAUAUAAUAGUAAGAUUUUUAAACGUUCAACGGUAAGAGGAGUAUCCAUGCAACCAAGAGUCUUUCUCCGAUCUUUUUCUCCUUGAUUUUCUAAUAUUUUUCUUUUAUAUGUGUGCUUUUAAAGAACAACGCCGCUGUUGAAUGAAUUUAACACAGAGUACUCGUUCGUACAUUCGACACGUGUGCCGCGAAGCGUGACAUUGAUACAAAUCAUAAGUGCAAUAGUUGUUACAAUAGACACGAGACAUGGGAUUUUUUGAAGGCGUCGCCGUGACGGUCGAGUCUGAAAUAGCGUCGUCGGCGUCGAGAGAGUUACAACCCCCAUGGCGUCGCAGAAACACGAUCGUUUCACCGGCGUUGUUUCAUUCUUUUUUUUUCCCCCCCUUUUUAUACCGCUUUCUCAAGUCGUAUGAAACAAGGCGAGAACUAUUAUAUCCGGCCCUUAUCAGCGUUCGUUAAAGAAUGGACGCCGAAACGCACUCGACGCCUGGCGACCAAUUAGGAAAUGCCGUCGCGGCGCGUCCAACACAAGACUACCUCGCAAAUUUUUCAGAGCUACAUGCAGAUUAUAUACCGUACCUCGAUUACACGCAUAUUAUACGAUAGAGCGCAGAGAAUCUAACCAGCGACAAGAGAAAUAAAUUUACAGAAAAAUGAAAUAAUAAUAAUGAUAAUAAUAAUAAUAAUAGCGAAAUAACUGAGCGAUGAAGAGAGUUGAAAUGAUGGAAAUGAGUUUAGAGAGCCACGUUUCUGUUGCCGAAAUAUUUCCUCUUUUUAUUUUGUUUUUGGUUGUUUUUGAAUGAAACACAUGAGUUAUGAGAAUCUUCUUUCUUCUGAAAUUAUAGAGUAAAUCAACACGACGAGAUCUCGACAACUUUUUCUCGCAUCGUGUCGUUGACGUUUGGAUACGCGCACGGAAUUUUUGCUCGAUCGAAAUCGACGAGGGAUAUAUAUUUGAAAAAUGAAACAAUCGGUUGAAUUUAUGAUACCCUCGUCGAUCUCGCAUCGGUCGAUCGAUGGAUCACUGUUCUACGGUUUUUGUUCGAUCCGUUUCCUUUCUUUCAUUCGUUUCGGACGAGACGUGGACAAGUUCGAAAUCAUUGAAUUAAAUACACAGUACAGUUGCUGAAUGAGAAAUAUGUUAAUCGCGUGAGAGGAACACAUCGCAGACAGUAAAUCCAAGCAGAGUCCCUCCUACCAAGCCCCCGAUCCACCACACAUUCAUCCCUCGUUCCCUCUCCCAAAGCUCCCCUUUCAUACACAAUAGGAAAUAGUUAAACGUGAAAUAGUGAUGAUAAAACAAUUAUGAAAUAGAAUUAUUGUGUUCGCGAGCUCUGUCGGGGCGAGGGUGUCCGGCUCAAUGCAACGUGCGAGCUCCAUUUUUUAUUUUUCGCGAUUCUCGAUCGUUGCUAUUCGUCGGAUCCCCUCACUUCUGGAUGUAUAUAGUAUGAAGUAGCUGGAAUUCCGAAUUUCUCGACGAUCUUUUUUACACCUUUGUUUCACGAGAGUUAUCUUUAUGGAUCUCGUUGGAAACUCAUCGUUUCUCUAUUUUGUACGCCAACGUUCUGUAUCGAUAUUGUAAUAUCUGCGUUAAUAUACAUUGUUACAAAGAUCUUGUAAUCGUCUCUCGAAGAACCUGGUGAUACGACAGACUAUCAAUAGAGAAACCUUCAUAAUAAUAUACCCUGAGUUCACUCGAUGCAAUCAAUAAAAUAAAAUUUGUAUUUACGUAAGAAUUAACACAUUGACUGUCAGGUGAUCCAUAUGUGGAUGACACUAAAAAUUUCGUAGAAAUCCAUUAUUCAUAUUACAAAGAAUUUAUUUAUUUAACUGGAUAAAUAAUCUAAUUAAAUUUUCAAUAGUACCAGCAUGGCAGUCAAUAUGUUAAAUGUACUGUAUGGAAAUUUUACAAAUGAUUGGAAAUUACAAUAUGAUUAUUUUCAGCGAACGACAGGUAAGCAGCGAGAUCCGAAAUUUACACGUCUUCGAGGUUUUCUUAUUUUGUUAAAUUCAUCGUGAAGCGAAGGAGAUCGACGAGAAAUCAGGAACGAUAGUCGUCAGAGCCGACAACCUGUUAUAUUUCGUCGCAUCGAAUCGCCCGAGAGUGUUUCGAGAUUAAUCAGAAUUUUUAAUCAGGAUUGCAAAAGAAGAAGAAAAAUUUCAAAUAACGAUGAUGAUCUUUCUCGGUACUCGUUUCGGGGGGCUCGAUGAACGACGAUUUGUUAUUAUGCCGAAAUCUGUUAGUUUUUUGUCCUACAUAUUAGCGUUAAAAUAGAAUGGGAAUAGUAGAAAUGCCGUUGUGUUGUUUUUUUGUCUCUUUUCUUUUCUUUUUCUUGCUUUUCUCAACGAUGAACAGAAAGUUACAAUCAUCGAUCGAUUUUCAUUCAUGGAUGUCACAGAAAUAAUUUAAAAGAAAAAAAGGAAGAAAAAACGAGAAUAAUCGAAACGAAACAUUUAUUGUUUAAGGGAGAUAAACCGAACUGUUGGAAAGAUACAGGAAAAAUCGGGCGAGACGCGGAUAUGCCGCGCGUCUUUUUCAUUUUGUAACGCUCGCGCGUCAGCUAGCAUCGCUUUCCAUUUGGAUUUCUUUUUUUCUUUUCGCGAUCAAACGUCCCUUUUGUUCGCGGUGAUGUGUGAAAAAUAUCGCUUCCGUUUUUCUAGAGAGAAAGAUACGAAAUUUCCUUCCCUUCGUCCCUCAACAAAAUUCAAUUGCUUUUUGAUUAUUACUAUUAUUAUUACUAUUACUAUUAUUAUUAAUCAUUAUUACUAUUAUCGUUAUUAUUACUCUUAAUGUAUUACUAAUUAUGGAAACACGGGGAACGAAGAGUUUCGAGAGAAAAAGCGAUGGCGAAGCGAGCGCGCGAGCGACGGAUGCACCGUGAUCAUCAACGAGCAGCAACACGCUCGACCAGAACAAUUCCUCACAAACUAAAAGAAAAGAAAA